AUGGGUGCACUGUUUGCUGGUGCGCAGCACAGAAAGCAGUUUGAAGAACGACUGAAGGCGAUCUUGAAGAAGGUAAAAGAAUCAAAAAACCCAAUUAUUCUGUUUAUUGAUAAGAUCCACACUGUCUUGGGUGCCGGUGCAAACAAAGAGGGUGCAAUGGAUGCGGAAAACAUUUUGAAGCCAAUAUUGUCGAGAGGGGAGGUGCAUUGCAUUGGAGCGAUAAUACUUAUCGAAUACAAAAAAUGUGUUGAGAAAGACGCUGCGUGUGCAAAACUCUUCACACAGAAGAACUCGCAGCCAGAGGAAAUCGCAACUUGGAAAGAAAAGACACAACUGACAGUCGAGAAGAUCGCGUUUGAAAGAGCUAAAUCGGACAAAAAAGACCUUGAGUUUGUCGCAGAUUUGAAGUAA